AUGGACUAAGGAUUCGCUCAAAAUAAAGGAUUAUUUAAACUUAGACCUGAAGUACUUGGAAAAGUUUUUGACUUCCUUGAAUAUAAAUAACUUCUUGAGUUUAGAACUGUUAGCAAAAAGGCUGAUUAAAUAACAUAAGGAAUUUUAACACAUAGGUUGGAAAAAAUAGAAAAAGAAGUUAAAAGGUAUGAAAAUUUAAUGCAACCUCUUAAAGACGAAGUAUAUAAAGAAUUGAAUGGAGAAUUAAAUAAUGAAUUCAUGACUAGAAGAAUGAAUAUUAUUAAUAUUGUGAAUAAGAUGGAUUUUAAAUCAUAAUAAUUUAAGGAUGCGUUUGAAAAGGAUCCUGUUGGAAUUGAAAUGACAAAAUAUCUGAAAUUAUUAUUCAAUGAUAAUUAUGAAACAUUAUGGAAAUUAUAAGUUUAGUCAAUCUCAGAAGAACAAUUUGUAGAUUUACUCAAAAUCUAGGAAUUGGAAUAUCAAAUUAACACAGCUCCUCCUCUUUGUAAGGAAAUGUUCUCAGUUUUCAAAGAUAUUAUUGAACUUAGGAAAAUGAGAUUUAUGAAUUAAUGGCAUAAAUAAUAUAAGAUUGAUAUUGAUUCUGAUAAAGAGAUUGAAAAGUAAAUAAAGGUUUAAGCAAUUCUUGCUCGUAUAAGACAAACUGAAUUAGAAAAAUAAUUCAGUAACAUAUAAAUUUGAAAUAUGUUAAAUAAGUAACAUUUAUUAGUAUCAAUUUC